AGUAUCAACGAGAAAACUUCGUAGUUUCGUUCGACAUUUGCGCGAGAUUUUCAACACACUUGCGUUACAACAUUUUUUCCCUCAAGCGAAAGUAAGAAAAAACAAAAUAAAACAACAAAGUUUGAAAUUGGUCUUAUAUUGGUCUUAUAGUGAUUGUGAGUUAUUUCAAUUAUGUAAUUUCAGCAUUUGACAAAUAUGAAGAAACGAAUGAACAAUACUGAAAGUAAAAAUACGAAAAAUCGUUCAAACGAGGAUAAGGAUAAAAAUGAUGAAAAAGAUAAAGACAAGAAAACUAUACAAAGAUUGGAACAAAACGAAGAUACUUCUAAUCAGGGUUUUGGAGAGUGGCUUAGAUCUAAUGACGGUGCAGAAAUGAUGAGACUAUUUGUAAUCGCCAAUUCACUUUUAUUGUUCGUCACGAUGGCUUGGCCUAAUAUGAAAGAAUCUUACUAUUUCAUUCGUGAUUAUUUUAUGGGAGAAGAGGACGAUUAUUGAACACUAAUUUACUACUUUCUACUAACUUUCGAAAGAAAUAGCAAGAAGAUCGUGUGUAUUUAAUUUAAUUUUUCUUUCUUUUUAUUAUGGUAUAUUAUUUUUAAACGAACAAGAAACUUGAUAAUCGUGAAGAAACCAUUUCGAAAAGGAAAACUUUCUUCUUUUUUCUCUUGGUGAUUUAAAAAAAAAAA